GGCAAGCGGGCAGCGGUUCGUAUGGGUGGUCAAGUGCCCAAAUGACGCGGCUUCCAACGCUGCCUAUUUUAGCGUCCAGAGUUUGACCAACCCUUUUGACUUUCUGCCAAAAGGGUUCGGGGAACGAACCAAGGAGUUGGGCUUGGUCGUGCCCGAUUGGGCUCCUCAAUCUCAAAUCUUGAGUCACGAUGCCGUAGGUGGGUUUCUGACCCACUGUGGGUGGAACUCGAUCCUCGAAGGCGUGGUCCGAGGGGUUCCUUUGAUCGCUUGGCCUAUGUACGCCGAGCAGAGAAUGAACGCGGUGAUGUUGAUAGAAGAUCUUAAAGUCGCGUUGAGGCCAAAAAUCAGAGAAGACGGGGUGGUAGGUAGAGAUGAAAUUGGUGACACGAUAAAGGCAUUGAUACAAGGGGACGAGGCGAAAGAAGUGCGUAAACGGAUGAGAGAGCUGAAAGAAGCAGCUCAUCGGGUAUUCGGGCCAGAUGGUUCUUCUGCCAACGCACUCGCCCGCCUCGCCUCCAAACUCAAAGCCUAUUCCGUUUAAUCAAAUCACAUUUAUUGGUUUUUUGUUCCUAUUUUGUUUGUAAAAAGGUUAAACUUGCCAAAUGUGAGGUGUACCUACUCUACCUUUUAAUGUGGUGUGUGACAUAGGUCUUGUUUGGGAAUAUUAGUUUUUUAUCACGUUAGCGUUUUGAAUAAAAAAUUUAAUGGUGUUGA